AUGGGAGGAAUUUACAAAUUCAUUGGUGGUACUGGGAAAGGUUUUGUUGUGAAUGAGUCCAUUUCCUAUGAGGAUUUUUUGGAGAAGAUAUACAAGAUUACGGGAAUUGAUCGAACUUCAAAUGAGUUGCUCAUGAAAUUUGUAUAUAACACACAUUUCCAUAUGGAACCGUUGGUUGUUAGCAAUGAAGAUGACUUGCAAUUCUUCUUACGACAGAAUGAUGAUGCACGGCGACCUGACGCUUCACGGAAACCGGGUACCCCACUAUGUAUAACAGUAAGACCAAAAGAACAUCAACAGUUUCAUUCGCAGGAUGCAAGUUAUGUUCCAGAAACUCAACCUUUUGUUGGACGUGCCAGAAAUCGGAUUGAUGAUUUUCCUAGUUUAAGCCAAUUCGAAGAAGAUUUUGAUGCUGUUAGAGAUGGCCAGGGUCGAGAAGAUAAUAUUAAUGAUGAAUACGAUGAUGACAUUCCUUUUGUUGGAGGUGCAAGUUAUGUUCCAGAAACUCAACCUUUUGUUGUUGAUGAUGUUGCUGCAACUAAUGAUCCUAAUACGCAGACGGGUGAGAACAUUCAGGUUGGGCAAUAUAGUGGGAGCAAUACUAUUGACCUCAACAGCGAAUCAUCUGAUACGUUUGAUGUGGGGGUGAUUUUUACAAACAAGAAAGAGUUGCAUAAGCAUAUAUCCCUCUAUGCUAUUAAGAAGAAUUUUCAAUUCAGGGUGACGAGGUCGACGAAGUCUUUGCUUGUGGUCGAGUGUCUUGCAAGUGGAUGCCAAUGGCGUAUGAGAGGUAUAAAGCUAAAAGAAACUGAACUUUUUCUUGUGAAAAAAUUCAAUGAUACUCACACAUGUUCGUUGGAAUUUGUGAAUCAUGGGCACAAGCAAGCAUCAGGAAGGGUGAUUGGUGAUUGCAUCAGGGCCAGAUAUGAAGGUGUUGGGCGUGUUUACAGACCAAAUGACAUAAUUCAGGAUAUUAGAAGAGAAUAUGGCAUUAAUAUUACCUAUGAUAAGGCAUGGAGGGCUAGAGAAUGUGCGCUUUAUUCUCUUCGUGGUUCACCGGAAGAAUCAUUUGCUUACUUACCCCAUUAUUGUGCUGUAUUGGAGAAUAAUAACCCUGGUACAAUUACUCAUAUUGAGUCUAAUGAUGAUAAUCGAUUCAAGUAUUUUUUCAUGGCAAUUGGUGCAAGCUUACGUGGAUUUCAUAGUUCAAUGCGCCCUGUUAUCGUCGUUGAUGGCACCCAUUUGAAGGGUAAGUAUUUGGGUACACUUUUUGUGGCAACUGCUUUGGAUGGAAACGAGCAAAUUUAUCCGGUUGCUUUUGGCAUUGGUGAUUCUGAGAAUAAUGCAUCUUGGCAAUGGUUUUUUGAAAAAUUACGGGAUGCCAUUACAGUUGAAGACUUCUCACGGUUAUGUAUCAUUUCAGACAGAAAUCCUAGCAUUGAUAGGGCAGUUUCACUUGUAUUGCCUGGUUCAUUUCAUGGCGCAUGUAUCGUCCAUAUCCAACGAAACAUGAAGGCGAAAGGGUUCAACGAAUCUAUCAUCCCUAUAUAUCUUAAAGCUGCUAAGGUGUAUCGAACAUCUGAAUUCGAGCAUUUAAUGAAUCAGUUGCGUAAUGUCGACGGAGGUAGACCUUAUGCUUAUUUAGUUGAAGCUGGUUUCCAUAGGUGGUCUAGAGCACUGUCUUCUGGUAAGAGAUAUAGUAUCAUGACGACGAACAUUGCAGAGUGCUUGAAUGCUAUACUACGAGAUGCUCGAAGUUUGCCGAUUACAAUGCUAGUUGAACAAUUGCGUGCCAAAUUGCAGGAAUGGUUCAGUGCUCGUCGUAAUAACGCAGCAUCUGUCACUUCUUACCUAUGUUGCGAGUGUGACAAGGAAGUUAGAAAGAGAAGCAAUAGGUCACAACGACUAAAUGUUCAACCGAUAAGCCAUAGUGAGUACUAUGUACGAGAUGGUGAUCAAGAUGGACAGGUUGAUCUGCAAAACAAGACAUGUUCAUGCCGUGUGUUUGAUCUUGACCAACUUCCUUGUGUACACGCAUUGGCUGCAUGUCGAGUUCGGAACAUAUCUUUUAAUUCCUUGUGUUCUCCGUACUAUACGAAUGAGGCUCUAAUGUUAGCUUAUGCUGAAGCUAUAUACCCAGUAACUAUUGAGGAUCAACGCAAAGUUAGCGAGGACAACGUAUUGCUCCCACCGGCGACUAGACGUCAAGGGGGGAGGCCAAGACAACGAAGGAUCCCAUCAUCUGGUGAAACUAUAGCAAUGAGGAUAUGUUCCCGGUGUCGACAGCGAGGUCAUAAUCGUCAAACAUGCAAAGAGCCAAUCGCAUUGACUCCAACAUCAUAG